AUGGCCAGUUUGUUUCAUAUCAAGUUAAUUUAUUAUUUGUUUUCAGGCUACAAUACAUACACAUUCAACGACACAACACACACAGAACGCGAGGAAGACGAGAUUCUGGCUGUUACGUAUGAAGAUGGCAAGUGGUCGAAGCCGUACUAUGACUGUGGUGGCGGUAACAUAUGGAUGUUGACAUACACGGUGCCUUUCUUCGGAUACAACAACGGCACUUAUUUUUUCAAAGGUACGAGUGGAAUCGACAUAGAUUUGCGACGCGUAGAUAUUGACCAGUGUCCUCUGAAGCCUGGCUCCAAGCAGCUGAACAUCUUCGCCGGUACUGAUAAGUGUAAGAAGAAAACCACUGAGUGUGUGCCAGUCCCAGGGUUGGGCUUUCGUCGCGGCUCGUAUCGCUGUGUGUGUCGGCGAGGCUUCUAUUUUCCCAAUACAACUGCUGAAAACCGCUACUACAAUGGAAGUGUGAUUGAAGAGGAAUACGAGAAACAUUUACAGCAGUAUCAGAGCCUCUACGGUCAUCAGUCAGCUUUUCAUUGCGUGCCUUGCGCUGAAGGCUGUGAGGCCUGUGUCGACGGUUCACCAUGUGUGGCGGCCCUUAACUGGGUUGCUAGGACAACGAUUUUCACACUCGCCUGCCUGGUGAUAUCCUGUCUACCUUUUAUUGUCUGGUUCACGAUUAAGUACGGACAUGUUCGGGUAGUCAGAGCAGCCAGCCCAGCCCUGCUCAGGGUGAUCGUAUUGGGAGCUCUGUUAAUCUAUUGUACGACGUUGGUGAUGUAUGGAAGACCCACGCUUUUCACUUGCACUGCCAGGGUCUGGCUUCGGGAGGUUGGCUUCUGUCUGACAUAUGGCGCCUUGAUGUUGAAGACUUGGAGGAUCUCAGUAAUCUUUCAAGUUCGAUCAGCGAAAGCCGUGAAGAUAUCCGAUAUGUAUCUAUUACGUCGAAUUGGUGUGAUUGUGGGUGUGGCCUGCGUGUUACUCUCUAUACGUACACUCGUAGCGCCACCUGCGGUCAUCGUGGGAAGGACGAAAGACGACCUAAAAGCGUAUUUAUGCAAUACAGACUGGUGGGACCACUCAUUUACAACAUUGGAAGUGAUUUUCCUGGUAUGGGGUAUCCGUUUGUGUAUAAUGGUCCGGAAAGCGCCUUCCGAGUUCAACGAAAGCCGGUUCAUCUCUAUGGCGAUAUACAACGAGUUCCUGCUCUCUGUCUUCCUCAAUAUAUCAAUGCUGUUCCUUCAAUCUCCCGCUAACCCUGAUUUGCUGUACAUAAUUUUCUUCUGCCACACCCAACUGACUGUCACUUUGCUGCUGUGUUUCAUCUUCGGUAGUAAGGCUUACAUGGUCUUCAAAGGGCAUGGUAAAGAUGAGAGAGAGAAAACGGGAAAGUUUAGAUCUAAGCCCGCCGAGUCAACAUAUACUAUGACGACUAACAGGAGUACUCGUUUCUGUGAUAAUAUGACUGAAAAAGAAUUAGAGGAGGAGUUCCAGAAGAUAUGCAAACAGCUAGAGAAACUUAGAGAACGCUGCAUACCAGUCAAUACAAUUCCCAGAAAAAUAACAGCAAUGCUUGAUGCUGCUGCCGUACACGAACGUAAACCUGGCGCAUCAGACUCCGCACCUCUAAAACUUAACACAGUGUUCAGCGCAGUCGCAGACAAACUCAUGUGUACCGUGACCCCAGCCGAAGAAUCCACCAGCAGUGGUAGAGACAUGACAUUUGACGCCCCUCCUUCCUAUAAACAAAAAUUCACACCAACGAAGAGUACAGAUAAUAGCAACGCAGAGCAAAGUCAAACGGAUGUGACCACAGAUUCUCCAAAACGUAAAGCAGAUGACGAAAAAGAUGGUGUCUUCAAAAUUUCAGGUGAAGCGAACUGUAGUGAUAUAAGACCACCAGAAGUUAGUAGAAACGGUUAUAAAAGUGACAAAUGUGAGAAAAGUGAUAAAAGUGUAGUGAAACUGAGCUCUGGACCUGAAGUUAAAGUGAGAUCGGGUCACGCGAGGACUCAUGCGAUUGUUAUUAAUCUAGACGAUAAGAGCAGGUUUACAGAAGAAGUUACUGUUUAA